UCCCCUCAGUACCUUAUCGAGAAGGUCAUCCGGGCCAGGAUAUACGAGACUCUCUACUGGAAAGAAUCAUGCUUCGCCAUAAACGCCGAAUCCCUUAUCGACCGAGCAAUAGAGCUUCAAGCAAUAGGAGGAGUUACAGAUCGUCAGACACCGACGGCGUUCAUGUGCCUUACGCUCAAGCUGUUACAGCUACAGCCAGAUAAAGAGAUUUUGCUGGAAUAUCUGCUGGCGGAGGAGUUCAAGUAUCUGAGAGCCCUCGCAGCCUUCUAUAUCCGCCUCACAUUCCGCUCGUUGGAGAUAUACGAGACCCUUGAGCCUUUGAUGAAGGACUACCGGAAACUACGGGUUCGACACGUCGGCGGAUACUCCCUAACGCACUUCGACGAGUUCAUCGAUGAGCUCCUCACGCAGGAUCGAGUGUGCGAUAUCAUCCUGCCUCGAUUGACGCAGCGAUCCGUUCUGGAGGAGACGGAAGGUCUGGCGCCGAGAAAGUCACUUCUCGUACGUCCAUACCGUCUUCACUCAGCCCUCACUUUGUUCCAAAAACAUUGGUUCAGUCAAGGCCAUAUCUGA